AUGUUCAGAAACAAUUUUGGUAACAAAGGCAAAAUAACUGGGGACUUCAGGCAAAGGUUUGCACAACGAGUUAUAUACAAUUUCAUUAAACUAUUCACUGUAGUUCCUGUGUUUGUGACUGCCUAUAUCUGCCACUACAAUGUUCACAGCAUAGACAAUGAGCUUGAGGACUCAUCACAGAUGCGAGCGGUUGUGCAAACUGCCCUCGUUCUAUGCUCUUCUGUGUAUGUAAUGAUAAGUUUCUUUGGUUUCCUCCUAUUUGGAGAAGGAACUCUUGAUGAUGUGUUGGCCAAUUUCGAUACCAAUCUUGGAAUCCCUUUUGGUUCUGUGCUCAACGAUGAUGUUCGAUUAAGCUACGCAGCACACCUGAUGCUUGUAUUCCCAGUUGUUUUCUAUCCAUUGGGGCUCAAUGAUGGUCUCCUCUUUCCUUUAAAACCUCUGGUUCUUGAUAACAUCAGAUUUGCAUCUCUGACUAUUUCCCUUAUUGGUGUCAUCUUUCUGGGAGCAAAUUUCAUACCCAGCAUUUGGGAUGCUUUCCAAUUUACCGGAGCAACUGUCGCAGUCUGUAUAGGAUUCAUUUUUCCAGCUGCCAUCACUCUUAAGGACCGCUACAACAUUGCAACUAGAUCAGACAAGAUUUUAUGUAUUGUUAUGAUAGUUUUGGCUGUCUUCUCUAACGUGGUGGCUAUAUAUAGUGAUGCCUAUGCCUUGAUCAAGCAGAACCAAACUUCACGCGAAUGAUGGCCAUCAUUCUGGAUGAGAGGAACUGAAUUGACAGGGUUGUUUGUCAAUUAGAAAAUCUGGGUUUUCUGAGAGGAUCCGAUGGGUUGAUUUGAAUAAACAGAGAAGCUACCCCGUGUACAAAAGUGCUUCAGAAGUGUUGCAGUCUGCAACAUGCGUCCAACCUCCUCUGUAAUUUGCCAUUUGUUGUAGCAGUUGAAAGUUUUUUCGAACAAUACUCUCUAUCCCUUUCCCUGAUUUGUUCUUCCUCAAAUGUAAUAAUAGAAAACCUUCUUUGGCAUUUGUAUGUAUUAUAUUGGGUGAAAAGGAAUGAAUUAGUUAAAGAAAUGGUAUACAUUUCAAGAAUUGGACGAGAGAAAA